GAUGAGUGUGUGCUCACCGGGUCAUUGUUGGGAUAUUUGCGUGGGAGAGCAGGCGAGCGCUCUCAUUGCUCUCUUCGGAUCUGCCUACAUUUGCUUGAAACGCCACAAGAACGAAUGACGGCGAGAAGUAUUGGCCUCGCGGAAGCGAUUUUUGAAGUGAGUUGACAAGUCAACUGCGAAUGGGGGGCGCCACGAUCGAGAAAAAGUUUAAGAUGGAUUUCUUCCCGGGUCCACCUGGUACAAGUCCGACAGCAGGAGAAAGAUAUAAAAAGAGACUGUACCCCUACUCACAUUUUUACUUCUGGAUAUCAGACCAUAUCUCCAAGUCAUCUUCACGAAUACUGAAAGAGGAAGUCAUGAACGCACUGUCAACAAGCGGGACGCCAACAACAGAACGAAGUUAGACUACUUCGUAAACUGGCCUAAGGUGAAGGCGGAAGACUGGAAAAGGAGCCGGCCGCUACGGAGAAGCUAUCCCUAGGUGAAUAACUACUUUUCCCUCCCACUUCUGGUUAGGACCCCUCUCCCCUGCUACCUCAGCUUCCCUCCUCGGCGCUACUUAUUAAUCUUGGUUUCAGGUACUAGCAACUUCCUUUCUAAACUGCGAGGAGAAGACACCUGCUGGGGAAUCAUUUAAAGGAGUCCUUCCUCAAAAAACAUUCUCGCCCGGUUACACGCGGAUGACAGAAUCAAUCGGUGGUUGAUUGCACAAGUAGUGCUCUACGAUUGAGUGGUGCUACUGGGUCCGGAUUUUGGUUAUGUCGACCUGCAUGAAAUCGGCCGCAUCGGCCAGGUGGGCUCCGAUGAGGGGGCUCGCUUCCAGAAGAUUUCCUAUUUGGAACGCCAAUACGACGCUGACCGAGUGGAUUUCCUCGAAUCGCAGCGGCAUUCGAUGGGCCAGUACAAGUUCAGAAACUGUGCUGAGAAGAGGCGCCGGAGAACCCGUCCCUCCAAGGCGUCCAAUGGGAGAGCAUAAACAACACACAGGAUCAUGGACGACCCCCAAAGUUUUGAGUUUACUGGCGAUGACGGGAUUUUUGGGGUGGGGAUUGGCUGCAUUCCAGAACGAGCAAAGAAAAGUCAAGGAAAGAGAGUACUCAAACAAGACGAAAUUUGUGCAGCCUUCCUAUGCGAGUCUGAAGGAUAUGGAAGAUGUAAGUUGUUGAUUUUCAUGUGGUGGACAUUGCACCAUACCUACCGGAGAUAUCAGAUAUUUUGUCAUUGGAAAGAUGAUAGAUGACAUUGAUAUCUGCAAUACCCCCACCCCCGACCAAAUGGUCUGAUAUCCAAACAACCUUGGAAGUAUUCCAUAUUACUGGACUCCCGGUAGACAAGAUAAAUAUCAAUCUUGGCGUGGGGAUUUUAGUGUGGUGCACACAAAAGACUAGCGCCAAUACUACCACUUAUCUAGUCCACCGGUAGCUGGAAUAACAAAAUAUUGCCUGAGCAAGGGCAAGUGAAUUGGCUUGCUUACUCCUGCAAAAUCAGUUUUGUUUGCAAGAAGUUUUGUCGCUUCCUAAUUCGUCUGAAUCCUUUAUUCAUCGCUAAAAGUAUUAUGACUGAUCAAUCCGCUUAGGCCAUCAAGGAGAUUCGUCUUGCUACAGGCGAUGAAGACACCAUCUCUACAGACCCAGAAGACCUGAAAGCUCACGGUUAUUCAGAGUGGUCAUCUGCCAAUAUCGAAGGUCUCCCCGUGGCUGUAGCCUACCCAAAGAACACCACGGAAGUCUCCGCAAUGGCAAAGAUAUGUUGCAAAUACCGGGUCCCAAUCAUCCCCUUCUCAGGCGGAACAAGUCUUGAAGGCAAUUUCUCGGCUCCAUGCGGAGGAAUCUCAGUAGAUUUCGCGUUCAUGGACCAAAUAAUUCAGUUCAACGAAUCGGAUAUGGAUAUUGUCGUCCAACCUUCUGUUUCUUGGAUGGAUCUGAAUGAAGAGCUUGCGAGACGACAGUCGGGGUUGUUCUUCCCGGUUGAUCCUGGACCAAGUGCUAAGAUAGGGGGAAUGGUAGGCACGAAUUGCUCGGGGACAAAUGCAGUUCGAUAUGGCACUAUGAAAGAUUGGGUUAUCAACCUGACGGUUGUUCUUGCUGAUGGAACUAUCAUCAAAACCAAACGAAGACCUAGGAAGACCUCAGCAGGUUACAAUCUAAACAGUUUGUUUGUUGGGUCUGAAGGCACACUUGGUAAGCUGCCUUCUCAUGUUUGCUAUAAACAUGAAGUAAACUAACUCUAAUACCAGGCUUGGUCACUGAAAUCACACUCAAACUAGCAGUCGUGCCACAGGAAUUCUCCGUCGCCGUUGUCACUUUCCCAUCUAUCCGAGAUGCAGCCAGCGCAGCAGCAGGAGUCAUGCGCGCAGGUGUUCAAGUAGCUGCAAUGGAGAUCAUGGAUGAAGUACAGAUGAGGGUCGUAAACCUCUCCGGCUCCACAGCACCAAGAAAAUGGAAAGAACUGCCGACCCUCUUCUUCAAAUUCAGCGGGACCAAAGUCUCAGUCAAAGAAAACAUCCAAAUGGUCGGAGCCAUCGCUAAAGCACAUCGAGGGGGCGACUUCGAGUUUGCAAAGGAUGCUCGUGAGCAGAAGCUAUUAUGGAGUGCCCGAAAAGAAAGUCUGUGGUCCAUGCUAGCGAUGAGGAAAGAGGGCAAUGAGGUCUGGAGUACCGAUGUUGCCGUUCCAUUUUCCCGACUUGCGGAUAUCAUUGAAAUCAGCAAGAAAGAAAUGGAUGAUCUAGGAUUAUUUGCCAGUAUCUUGGGUCACAUCGGAGACGGGAAUUUCCACGAGAGUAUCCUUUAUGAUCGCCGAAUCGAAGGGGAAAGAGAGAAAGUGGAGAAGUGUGUGAAGAAUAUGGUGGCGCGAGCUUUGGAGAUGGAAGGAACCUGCACUGUAUGUCUUUUUCCUCUCUUACAUCAUGAGAUCGUUGAUCUAGUCUAACUUUGUGGAUAGGGAGAACACGGCAUCGGUAUCGGUAAGAAGGAAGCUCUCUUGUUGGAGGUUGGUCCUGAUACUCUUGGUGUUAUGAAAUCCAUCAAACAGGCUCUUGAUCCGAACUGGAUUAUGAACCCUGGGAAAAUCAUGGAUAUUCCUUCCUAGGCCUGUCAUAUGGCUACGAUAUCCAUUUUCUUGGUUGGAAUGACUUAGACAGCUUGACGGAACCUCUUCUGAGGCACGGAAUGGGAAGGGCAUCAUUGGAAUUUGGGUAGGGAUUGGAUUGCAUUACUCGGAAUCACGAUUGGAAAGACACAUGCAUGAUAUUCAUUUUGGAUGUGUAGAGGGUUGGUUGGAUGGGUGGUGAUUAGUCUUCUUUUGGCUU